AUGGUCUCUUUAGUUCGUUCUUGGCCCUUAAUUGGCUUCUUCUUGGCGAUAUGUAUAUUAGCCGGAUCAAAGGGUUCGUCUGCGGCGAUCUACUACCGACCAAGCCCAUGGUCAAACGCUCAUGCUACAUUUUAUGGUGACGAGACAGCUAGAGAAACUAUGGGAGGAGCUUGUGGGUACGGUAACUUGUUUAGCAAUGGUUAUGGGACUGAUACUGCAGCAUUGAGCACAACACUAUUCAACGAUGGAUAUGCUUGUGGGCAAUGCUUCCAAAUAAAAUGUGUUAAUAAUGCAAAAGCAUGUUACUCGGGCUUCACCACAAUCACUGCCACCAACAUCUGUCCACCCAAUUGGUCCAAACCUUCCGACAAGGGUGGGUGGUGUAACCCUCCUAGGGUUCACUUCGACAUGUCUAAGCCCGCUUUCAUGAGAAUCGCCCAAUGGAAGGCUGGGAUUGUCCCCGUCAUGUACCGCAGAGUGCCGUGCAUGAGAAGUGGAGGGCUACGAUUUAGCUUCCAAGGAAAUGGGUAUUGGCUAUUGGUGUAUGUGAUGAACGUAGGAGGAGGAGGUGAUAUUUCCAAAAUGUGGGUCAAAGGUAGCAAAACCAGUUGGAUUAGUAUGAGCCAUAACUGGGGAGCUUCCUACCAAGCAUUCUCAACCCUAGGAGGCCAAGCUCUAUCCUUUAGAAUUACUUCCUACACUACCAAACAGACCAUUACAGUCUACAACGUGGCUCCCUCUAAUUGGCAAGUGGGCAAGACUUACAAGGGUAAUGUCAACUUCAGGUGAUCUCAUCUCAUCUCAUCCAUACAUAUAUAUCAAACAGGCCUUUUUCUUUGUAUUUUGCUUUUUGGGAAUUUGUUUAUGUUUUGACAAAAACAUUUCGGUAGAAUAUGAUUAUGGAUAAAGUAUAAUUUUGAUAAUUAAAUCAUAUUGUACGUACACCCUAUCAGUAGAAUUUAAAAGUCAUAUUGUAUGGUGAAAUUUUCUAUGUUUUGAUUGUGAGAGUAGAGAGAUGGUCAUGAGUGACCAACUAUUUCUAUUGGCAACAAGCUGUAUUGCUCAUUAUAUACAAAAAGAAAAGAAA